CGUACCUACACGCGUUAGAACCUGCACUUCCACAAUGACGAAACCAAAAUUUCAAACGCAUUGCGAGCAAUUAAUUAAAAAACUAAGCAAAGAUAAAGUAGAAGAGUUUCGUACUAUAACAGACGACGCAUCAAGGACAAAAUUUGUCUACGCACUCUCAAACGAGGUUAAGUACGAUUUGGCCACAUGGACACCAAAAGACCUGGAACGUGCUGAAGCUCUCAAAGUAAGCGGCAAUAAACUCUUUCAUCAACGCUGCAACUAUCAAGCUUUGUGCGUGUACAACGAAGCAAUCACAAGAUGUCCACAAGAUGACAUUAAAGGUAAAAAACUGUACGCUAUAUUAAUAGCUAACCGUAGCGCGGUGUUUUUUGACACUAGCAUGUACCAAAAAGUGUUACAAGAUGUCGCCUUUCUAAAACAAUAUGGCCACCACCCAAACCCUGAUAAAUUAACUGCACGCGAAACAAAAGCCUUGGACGCUCUUUGUAAAUCAACAGAUUCUGCAGUAAUCGAAUUUGAAGAAGAUGGACGUGUCAAAAGUGCACCAUGUGAAGAAUUUACAUGGUGCUCAAAAAACAUAACCUAUCCAGCCCUGUCAAGCAGACUAAUAGUUAAAAAGGAUAAUAUACUCGGGCGUUAUGUGGUUGCAAAAGAUGAUUUCCAAGCUGGAGAAAUCGUCGGCGUUGAAAAAGCAUACGCAGCUGUAUUAAACAGUAAUAUUUACCGUACAAACUGUGGAUAUUGUGCGAUAUCAACCAAUCAGGUCUUUGCAUGUCCAAAAUGUUGUCAGGUUGUCUAUUGUAACAUGCAAUGUCUAGAAAAAGCUAAAAUAUAUCAUCAGCAUGAAUGUAGCAUUUUGUUGACGUUGUAUGACGCUGAUGUUUCAGUGAAUAACCUGUUAGCAUUGAGGAUGAUCACCCAGCGCCCUCUGGAACAAGUUAUUAAAGAAGAUACCUACGCUAAAGAGGAAAGAAAUGUUGUAAUAUACAAAACUGAAGAUUAUUACAAUGUAAAUCGAUUGGUACGUCAUGAAGACGUGAGAGAUCCAGAGGAAUUGUUACAUUUGACAAUAAUGGCUGCGUUUUUGUUGAAUUUAUUAAAAACCACGGAUUAUUUCAGCAAGAAAAGUGAAAAUAAUGAGUUGACAGAUGAUGAAAUACUCGUUGGUGGAUUACUCUUGAGAUAUUUACAGAUAUUGCAGUAUAAUGCACAUGAAAUUUUUGAAUUGAAAAAUGCUGAUUUUCCUCAACGGAAAAUUACUUCCGGUGAGCCGAUUAAUUAUCAAACAGGUGGUGUAGGUGCUGGUUUAUAUCCGACAUUAGCAUUAUUAAAUCAUUCUUGUGAUCCAUCUGUUAUAAGGUAUAAUAUUAAUAACACGAUGGUGCUACGCAGUAUAAAACCAAUCAAAGCCGGUGAUAUUGUAUAUGAAAAUUACGGCCCUUUUUAUACUAAUGAUAUAAAACAGAGCAGGAUUAAUGAAAUGGUUUCUAAGUAUAAAUUUUCUUGUACAUGUCAUGCUUGCGUUGAGGAUUGGCCACUGUUGGCUGAUUUUGACGCGAAUGUGUUGCGCGUUAGGUGUGAGUGUGGUGGCGUGGUUCCUACUAGCAAGGAUAUACCAACGCCAUCUAUUACUUGUGAAAAGUGUAAUAAGGAUAUUAAUCUUUUGCCUGUCCUUACGGGUUUAAUUCCGUUGGAGCCUAAAUCAGGCAAAGCAGAGGCGUUUUUUGCUGACGGGCAUUUUGUUGAGGCACGUAAAUUGUAUGCGGAGAUGCUUGCUACUCAGUUGAAGUUCCUCGCGCCGCCGUUUGGCGAUAUGGUGCAAGUUCAGCAAAGGUUGAAAGUCUGCUUGUUGCACAAUGGGAAUAAAAAGUUUGAUUACAAACCAAAACAGAAUUUAUAAAGGAAAUUUUUAUAAUUUUCUAGAUAAUAAAGUGAAUUUCUUAAGA